CGCGUUGUGACGGACGAACGGCGACGUGCGGACGUUUGUCUAUGGAACAGUCGCUCGCGGCACGACAAGCUCGUAUUGAAUUUGUGAGAAACUAUUUCAUGUGUAGUGAAAUAAGAGAAAUUAUCACAUUUCUCGCAUGAAAGUGAAUAAAAUAACCGUUUGAACAUGGCGUUGGAGGGUGUUAAAAGUGAAAAAAGUGAGGAAAACAACGGGAACGUCCCGGACGGCAAGGCGAACGGGGUCGACAACAAAAGUAAACAGAUAGACCCGAACACAGCGUUCCUGCGAGCGGCGCGCGCCGGGCAACUCGAGACCGUGGUCGACCUUCUCGACUCGGGGGCGGUCAAAGACAUCAACACUAGCAAUUCGAAUGGCCUGAACGCGCUACACUUGGCAGCUAAAGAUGGCCACAUCGCAGUGGUCGAGGAGCUCCUCAAGCGAGGGGCCAUCGUGGACGCAGCUACAAAGAAAGGCAACACAGCCCUACACAUAGCAUGCCUAGCAGGCCAAGAGCCAGUGGCGCGGGCGCUGCUCGGUGCAGGCGCCAAAGCAGAUGCUCAGUCUGCUGCUGGCUUCACUCCACUAUACAUGGCCGCGCAGGAGAACCACGCUGGUUGUGUGAAGAUGCUGUUAGCUGCCGGCGCUAGUCAGACACUAGCCACUGAGGAUGGCUUCACCCCCUUAGCUGUGGCCAUGCAGCAGGGUCACGACCGCGUGGUAGCCGAGUUGCUAGAAUCAGAUACGAGGGGCAAAGUUCGCUUACCUGCGCUGCACAUUGCUGCUAAGAAGAACGAUGUGAAGGCUGCUACAUUAUUGCUAGAAAACGAACACAACCCCGACGCCUGUUCCAAGUCCGGAUUCACACCGCUACACAUAGCCGCCCACUACGGAAACGUCGGUGUGGCCAAAGCUUUACUCGCCGCCGGUGCCGACUCAGGCCGUGCCGCCAAACAUAACAUCACACCACUGCAUGUUGCUAGCAAGUGGGGACAGCUGGCUAUGGUCGAUCUACUAGUAGAAAAUGGUGCAAAUAUUGCCGCUGUCACAAGAGACGGCCUCACCCCGCUGCAUUGCGCAGCACGUUCGGGGCACAGCAAUGUCGUGUCGCGACUGUUACAACAUGGUGCCCCUAUCACGAGCAAAACGAAGAACGGGCUAACGCCUCUCCACAUGUCCGUCCAAGGCGAACACGUAGAGACGGCCAAAGUCCUCCUCACAGAGGGCGCCCCCAUCGAUGACGUCACAGUAGACUACCUAACAGCUUUACACGUUGCCGCCCACUGUGGACAUGUCAAAGUAGCCAAGCUGCUUCUCGACAGAAACGCAGACGCAAACGCCAGAGCUCUGAACGGUUUCACUCCAUUACACAUCGCCUGCAAGAAGAACAGGCUCAAGGUGGUUGAGCUGCUGCUCAAAUAUGGUGCCAGUAAAUCAGCGACCACCGAGUCCGGUCUGACGCCCCUGCACGUGGCGUCGUUCAUGGGCUGCAUGAACAUCGCGCUGGUGCUGGUGGGCGCGGGCGCGGCGGCCGACGCGUGCACGGCGCGCGGGGAGACUCCCUUACAUCUGGCCGCGCGCGCGCACCAGACCGACCUGGUGCGGGUGCUGCUAAGAAACAACGCCAAGGUGGAAGCACGAGCGCGCGAAGAGCAGACCCCCCUCCACGUAGCAGCACGUCUUGGACACGGCGAUAUUGCCGCGUUGCUGUUGCAACAUGGCGCCGAUGUCGCCGCGGCCACCAAGGACCAUUAUACGCCGCUACACAUCGCGGCUAAAGAAGGCAAAGAAGAAGUAGCCUCCAUCCUACUCGACAACAACGCACCAAUCGAAGCCGAGACCCGUAAAGGUUUCACACCCCUGCACCUCGCGGCCAAAUAUGGCGACAUCGGAGUAGCCCGGCUCCUGCUCGCCAGGGGCGCGCAACCUGACGCGCCAGGGAAAAGUCACAUCACACCUCUACAUAUGGCCACGUAUUAUGGACAUCCAGAUAUCGCGUUGCUUCUAUUGGAUAAAGGUGCCUCGCCACACUCACUCGCCAAGAACGGACAUUCAGCGCUGCAUAUCGCCUGUCGACACAACCAUCCUGACAUCGCAUUCGCGCUGCUCGAACACGACGCGGACCCGAGCGUGAAGUCUAAGGCCGGGUUCACACCGCUGCACAUGGCUGCCCAAGAAGGGCAUGAAGACUGUGUGGAAAUGCUCAUAGAGAGGGGGGCUGAUGUCAACGUGCCGGCCAGCAAUGGCCUAACUCCAGUGCACCUGGCCGCCUCCGAAGGCCGCACGGCAGUCCUGAAGGCCCUGCUAGGCGCUGGCGGGCAGUGUGGCGCGCGCACUCGCGACGGCUACACGCCGCUGCACGCCGCCGCGCAUCAUGGGCACCACGCGGCCGCUAGGGCGCUGGUGGAAGCGGGGGCGGAUGUUACAGCGAGGGCACAACAUGGGUUCACGCCCCUGCACCAAGCGUCGCAGCAAGGCCACACGCUCAUUAUUCAGCUACUGCUCAAGAGUAAUGCUGAUCCGAACGCACUCUCCGCUAACGGGCAGACGGCGUGUGCCAUCGCCGACCGUCUUGGAUACAUCAGCGCUGUGGAGGCCCUGCGUCCAGUCACGGAGAAUACCCUGAGCCAGGCCGUCGGUGAUACUGGUGGCUUGGAGGGCAAAUACAGAGUGGCUGCGCCAGAGCUCAUGCAGGACACAUUCAUGAGCGAUUCCGAGGACGAAGGAGGAGAAGUGGAGUGUCCAAUCCAGCAGCAGCAGCAAUACCGCUACAUGAACAGCGAAGCGGGCACCCUGCACCGGGCGCGGCCGCUCGAGGACUCCGUCACAGACGGCCACCUCUACCCCAGCAACAAUGACAAGAAGGUGGCCACCAUCGACCGGCAGCCGCUCGACAUCGGAUUCCUGGUGUCGUUCGUGGUGGACGCGCGCGGCGGGGCCAUGAAAGCCAAGCGGCGCGGCGGCGUGCGCAUCGUCGUCCCGCCCGCGGCCUGCGCGGCCCCUACCCGAGUUACAUGCCGAGCCGCGACGCGGCGCGCGCCGGCCGCGGCGCCGCCGCCGCUGAUGGAGGGCGAGGCGCUGGCGUCGCGCCUGCUCGAGCUGCAGCCGCAGGGCGCCAAGUUCUUGGCGCCAGUAAUAAUCGAGGUGCCUAUCUUCACAUCGUCGUGCAAAGAGCGAGAGAUCGUCAUCCUACGAUCAGACACCGGCGACACGUGGCAGGACCACUAUCUGCACAAUAAUGACAACCCUAUGAUACAGGAAGCGUUACAUCGCGAACGACUUGAGCACGGCACUUCUGGCGAAACACUGGGCGAAAAUGGCGAACGAGUGACCAGAAUCAUCACCUGCGACUUCCCGCAUUACUUGGCUGUCGUUUCACGUGUACGACAAGAGGUGCACAUCAUCGGGCCAGAGGGCGGCACUGUGUCCAGCUCCCAUAUACCACAGGUCCAAGCGCUGUUCCCACCACAAGCGCUCACAAAACGCAUCCGCGUCGGCGUGCAAGCGCACGGUGCACCGGCCGCUCUGUGCAAGCGCACGUUGCCGCGACACGUCGCCGUGGCGCCAGUUAUUACUGUGGAACCGAGACGGAGGAAGUUCCAUCGCUCCAUCACGCUCACAUCUCCGCUGCCCAAGACCGAGAAUGGACCCCACGAGAAACAAUCCACGUCAACCCUGCGACUGCUGUGCUCCAUCAUGGGCGGGCAGGCGCGCGCCGUGUGGGAGGACGUCACCGGCUCAACCCCCCUAACGGUCACUGAUGACUGCGGAUCGUUCACUACCACCGUCUCGGCCAGAUUCUGGUUGAUGAACUGCCAGAAUGUCAGCGACGCCACCAAAUUGGCGACUGAACUGUACAAGGAGAUGUUGCUGGUGCCGUUCGAGGUCCGCAUCGUGGUGCUGGGCAAGCGGCUGGACGCGCUGGAAGGCAGGCUGCUGGUGCUGUACAUCACCGACAGAUACGCGUACGAGACUCUGCUGCAGCAGGAGCACUACACGGAGGUGGCUCACUCCACGUCGGUCAAGUUCCUGGACAGCAAGGAGGUGUUCCUGGAGUUCAGCGGGAACCUGGUGCCUGUCACCAAGUCCGGGUCCCAACCCAUGUUCAAGUUCGAGGCGUUCAAGGACAACCGCGUGGAGUUCCCGGUGCGAGUUAAGCAUCACGAGGAGAGCCCCUCCGGACGCAUUUACUUCAUGAACGAACCCAAGGUGCCGAAGGGCGAGCAGUCCCAGACGCCUGCGUGCGUGCUGGACGUGGAGCUCCCCGAGAGGAUCGCGCCGCGCGCCGGCAAGAGCCAGGUCGACUGUCUCAACCUCGACCAGUCCGGCUUCGACGCGCUGAAGGACGAGCUGAGCUUCCACAGCUGGGACCACCACCAUCACCACGGGGCCAUCGCGCCGCCGCCGCCGCCGCCUCUCAACGGACACUCGGACGAUGACUUGAUUAUUACGAAUGGCGACGUGAAAUAUCCUACUAGGGACUCCGAAAAUGCAGUCAUCAAACCACAACCCAACGGUGACACCAAUCACGUCGACUCGAAUAAAGUCAAAGCCACAUUCGACUCCGAUGAGGACAAAACUCCCAUGAACACCCUCGAAAAAGGCGACAAGGAGAAAGGCAAGAAGAAGGAGGGCUUCCUCGGGGGCCUCGCCGACAAGGUCAAACACGUCUUCAGCCACAGCCAGGACGAAGACGACAAAGACUCCCCUAAACCCAAACCCAGAGAGUCCAAAGAAAAAAGCCCACCGAAACAAAAGAAAGACAAGAACUCACCAAAACGAGAAGACAAAGAAAAGAGCCCCCCUAAACAACAGAAAGAAAAAACCCCGAAACCCGAAGAAAAAGAAAAAAAACCACCCAAACCUACCCCUAGACUCAUUAGCGAAGAUCUACUUGAGAAAGUUGAUGAUAUAUUCAAGGAUCUCAAAACGAAACCGCAUCAAAAGGACAAAGAAGAAGAUCUCAAUAGUGAACUGUACACAACUCGCCUAGUUGUUGAUGAAGACAGACCGGCAAACUUGCAAAAUAUUACUGAAGAAGUGUACGAGCAAUAUGCUAACAUGCAGCCGGUAGAAACGCCUAUGAAAGUUCCCAAGAAAGACCCCUUCGCGUACCCUACCGUGUGCUGCGAUGGCCCGAAGGGACCCAAGCAUAGUCACGAAGAAACCUCUACCUUACUCGACCAAAUUGAGCAAGCUAAAUUCGCCGCACAUGAAAAGUUACAUGACGUUGGUGACAAAGUACAAAGUAAUGUAGAUGAAGGUGUUGCUAAGUUGGGACAAGAAAAAGAUAAGUUACAGCGCCAAGCCUCUGAAUUAAAGGACGAUCUGAUUAUAAAAGAAGAAAACUUCAUAAAGAGUGCUAAAAAUCACGCUAAUGACGCUAAACACGCAACUGAAGACGGUAUUAACCAGCUCGCGGAAUCCGCACAUAAAGCUCACGAUGACAUUAACGCUAAAGCUGCGGAUGUCCAGUCGAAUAUUGCCAACGAAUUUGACAACUUUAAGACCUCAACAAACGAUGCUUAUGAAAAUGUCGCUUUUGCUGUAGGCGAUACUAAAAAUAACUUAAUAAACAAAGCUCAUACAAUGGAUUUCCUUGCGCAAGAACAAGCGGAAGAGCUAAGGAACAGAAGCCAUGAGCAGAUGUCACAAAUCGGACAAAAGGCGAAAGAAGGCGCUAAUGCUGUCAGUGACACCUUCCACGCAGUACAAGAUAAUGUUAACCACAAAGCUCAGGAACUUAAAGCAGGUGCUAAAGAAACCGCCGAUAAUAUUAAAGAUAAAACGAACGAAAAAUUACACGACCUUGGUGAAUCGAUAGAUAGCGCUAAAGAAAAAGCCGAAGAGGCCGCUGCCGAUCUUAAGUCUAAAGCUGGAAAAGAAAAGGACAAAGCCAAAAAAGAGGCUAAAAAAGCUAAGAAAGAAGGCAAGGGCUUUAUUACCGGCCUCGUAAGCAAUAUUUUCGGUGAGAAAGAAAAGAUCGAAAAGGAAGUGAAGGGAAAAGUUGCCGAAGGAAAAGAUGCAGCUAACAACUUGUUAGAUGAAGCUUCGGCUAAAAAAGACGAAAUCAAGGAAGCCGUUGAACAUAAACACGAGGAACUAAAAGAUGGUGCUAAUCGCUUAGCUGAAAACGUAAACGACAAAGCUAAGGAAGCUGAUAAGGCCUUGCAUGAUAAGAAAGAUGAGCUACAGAAAGCGGCACAUGACAAAAAGGAAGAUGUUAAACAUGCGGCCCAAGAAGUCGGCGAUGCUAUCCACAGUAAAACACAAGAGGUUAGUCAGACUAUCCACGACAAGAAAGAAGAGGUCGGUAAAGCUGUAAAUGACAAAAAGGAAGAAAUCGCUAACGCUGUCCACGAUACUACAGAACAGGUCGGCAAAGCUAUUAGUGAUAAAAAGGAAGAAGUCGGGCAGGCUAUUCAUGACAAAAAGGAAGCCUUACAGGACAAGGCACAAGAGGUUGGCAAAGCCAUUAACGAUAAAACGCAGGAGGUUUCUAGUGCAGUUAAAGAUAAGGCUAACGAAGUAAGCACUGCUAUUCACGAUAAGAAGGAAGCGGCAGCACACGCUGCUCACGAAUUCGGUCAAGCUGUUCACAACAAAACACAAGAAGCUUCCAACGCUGUUCAUGAUAAGGCUCACGAAGUUGGCUCAGCGAUCCAUGAUACGAAGGAUCAGGUUUCACAUGCUGCUUACGAAUUCGGUCAUGCUGUUCACGAUAAAACACAAGACGUUUCUAAUGCUGUUCACGAUAAGGCUCACGAAGUUGGCUCAGCGAUCCAUGAUACGAAGGAUCAGGUUUCACACGCUGCUCACGAAUUCGGUCAAGCUGUUCACGACAAAACGCAAGAAGUUUCCAAUGCUGUUCACGAUAAGGCUCACGAAGUUGGCUCAGCGAUCCAUGAUAAGAAGGAUCAGGUUUCACACGCUGCUCACGAAUUCGGUCAAGCUGUUCACGAUAAAACACAAGACGUUUCUAAUGCUGUUCACGAUAAGGCUCACGAAGUUGGCUCAGCGAUCCAUGAUACGAAGGAUCAGGUUUCACACGCUGCCCACGAAUUCGGCCAGGCUGUUCAUGGAAAAACACAAGACGUUUCAAAUGCUGUUCAUGAUAAAGCUCAAGAAGUUGGCUCAGCGAUCCAUGAUAAGAAAGAACAGGUUUCACACGCUGCUCACGAUUUCGGCCAGGCUGUUCACGACAAAACACAAGACGUUUCGAAUGCUGUUCAUGAUAAGGCGCACGAAGUUGGUUCAGCUAUCCACGACAAAACAGAUGAAGCCAAACAUACACUACAAAACAAAGCAUCAGAACUAGGAAACGCCAUCCACGACAAAAAGGAAUCUAUAGAAAACACUAUCCACGACAAGAAAGCACAAGUACAAGAUGUUACAGAAUCAGAAAUGGACAGAAUAAGACAAACCGCCGAACAAACCACUGAACAAAUCAAGAAAUCAGCCGAAGAUACAAUCAACGCUGCUGCUGACAAAAAAGCAGAAGUACAAGCGAACCUGUCAAAUAAAUUCGACGACCUACAAAAGCAAGGGCACGAUGAAUUACACCACAUUCAAAACGCCGCAAGCGCCAAGGUUGGCGAUCUACAUCAGGCGUCUAAAAACGCGUUCGACCACGUUCAAGACUCGGCCUUAAGUACUUUCGAUAGAGUCGAAAGUUCAGCUAAGGACAAAGUGAGCGACGCGAAAGACCAAUGGGAAGAUUUGCAGAGUUCCACCAGAGAUACUUAUGCUGAUUUCAGGGAUGACGUUCACGGUUCAGCUAAGGACAAAGUGAGCUAUGCGAAAGACCAAUGGGAAGAUUUGCAGAGUUCCACCAGAGAUACUUAUGCUGAUUUCAGGGAUGACGUUCACGGUUUAGAAAGUUCCGCGCAAGACACGCUACACAGCUUCCAAAGUUCCGCUGGAAACACGUUUGAUAGCUUAGACGAUUCGGCGAAGGAAUUCUUGGGUGGUGUUCAGAGUUCGACGCAAAGUUUCGAGAAUAAUUCCAAGGAGCUCUUCGGUGAUAUGAAGGGGUCUUUCGAGGGGUUCCAAGUUUCUGCUGAGAAUCAGUUGGAGGAUGUGAAAGGGGCUGCUAAGCAGAGGUUUGAGGGUGCGGCGGCGGAAAGACUAGAGGAUGUCAGUGAGAGACUUGAGGGGGUGAGGGAAGGUGCAAAGGAGGGGGGGCAGGCGAUGGCGGACGCGGCGGCCAACGAGGCGGACAAGUUCACGAGCAGUCUUAACGAUUUGGGCAACUCCGUGUUUGGAUCUUCGGGCAAAGGUUUCAUGAAGGAUUCCAGCACAAAACUAUUAGAAUCGGAGAAAGCACAGUCCUCGCCCUCACCACACAAAAAGGGCUCGGGUUUUUUCUCCAAGCUACGGCGCAGUCCGUGAAGGCGACCAAUAGCAUCACUCCGCGGUUUUGAAACGAAAGGCGAUUGGCGGAUGGAUAGAAUGUUAAAGUACAUUUUUAUUAGAUAGGGGUAUACUGCUUUAGACGUGUUGGCCCUUCCUUCCUGUAAGCUUCUUUAGAUAUAAGGAGACGUAAAAUAUAAUAUGUAUUUCACUAACAAUUUCGGUUAAAUUAGUGAUAAUAAUAUUAUGUGCAGCCAUUGUUAUCGAUUCAAUAAGAGCGAAAAUAAAAUGUAAACAAUAACCGCGGUGGUCUGGUUAC